UCAUUUCAAAUGCUGUACUUCCGGGUUGACGCAGCUCGCCGUCAUUUCCCGUGUUGUCGUUUCAGAGUAAUUGUUUAAGAUGUCAAACUUUGAAUAAGAACUAAAGCCUUGUUUAAACCUCUACAAUGAUGAGGCAUCUGCUGUUCUUUGCACUGGUUGCUCCUUGUUGGAUCAACUGUGCGGUUAAACGGUCUCCCCCUGCGGGGAAGAGCUCCGAGGACGAGCCUGAGAUGGAGUCCCUGAACUCGAUCCUAUCGGACUUUGAGGUGCUCCCCUGGUCGGGGCUCCAGCUGCACUCUGUCCGGAAGAGGGACGCCCAAACCAGGUCCCACUUGGAGCGGCUUGUCACGUUCCAGGCCCUGCAGAGGAAUUUCAAGCUAUACUUGACCACAAACACGGACCUGUUCACAGAGAACUUUAAAGCCGUGUUUGUUGAUGAACAAGGACUGGAGGAGAAGUACGACGUCCAGCUCCAGAACUACUUCACUGGACACGUUGUAGGGGAGGAGAAUUCACGUGUGCAGGCACACAUUGAUGGGGACGAGUUCUCUGCCCACAUUCUGACGGACGAAGCGGAGUAUAAUGUGGAACCCCUGUGGAGGUUCACUAACUCUCCCCAAGAUGGCCGCGUGCUGGUCUAUCGCUCGGAGGACAUCAGGAACAUCAGCCGCAUCGCCUCGCCCAAGGUGUGCGGCUACAUCCACGCAGAGGCUCAGCAGCUGCUGCCCGCCGGCGCAGCCAGGCCUGGGGGUCUGCCGGAGGACGAGCUCCUGCACCGAACGAAGAGGCUGGCCCACGACCACAAGAAGAACACCUGCCCCCUGCUGCUGGUGGCCGACUACCGCUUCUUCGAGCACAUGGGGCGCAAGGAGGAGAGCAUCACACUGAACUACCUGAUCGAGCUGAUCGAUCGAGUGGACGACAUCUACCGGAACACCACCUGGAACGAUGAGUUUAAGGGCUACGGGGUUCAGAUCCAACAGAUCAUCAUCAACAAGGAGCCCACCACCAUAAAGGACCACAAGGGGCGGACCAUGCCGCACUACAACAUGAAGGGCUCGCCAAAGGAGGAGAAGGACGUGUGGGAUGUCAAGAAGCUGUUGGAGCAAUUCAGCUCGGACAUCGCGGACAACGCGUCCACCGUGUGCCUGGCCCACCUCUUCACGUACCAGGACUUCGACGAGGGCACCCUGGGGCUGGCCUACGUGGCCCCGUCCAAGGCUCAGGCGCUGGGGGGCCUCUGCCCUCGACCGUAUUACCCCUCUACCUCUGAACGGAAGCCCAGCUACCUCAACACAGGGCUGACCAGCACCAUGAACUUUGGGAAAACCAUCCUGACCAAGGAGGCGGACCUGGUCACCACCCACGAGCUGGGGCAUAACUUUGGCGCGGAGCAUGACCCCGACAACCUGCCGGCCUGCGCUCCCACGGACGACCAUGGGGGGAAGUUCAUCAUGUACCCCAUCGCUGUGAGCGGGGACCAGAUCAACAAUAAGCACUUCUCCAGCUGCAGCAAGACCUCCAUCGGGAAGACGCUGAGCUUCAAGGCUCACGAGUGCUUCAAGGAGCGCAACAGCAAGGUAUGCGGAAACUCGCGCGUGGAGGAAGGGGAGGACUGCGACCCGGGGCUGCUGCACCUCAACGACGACCCCUGCUGCACGGCCGAGUGCAAGUUCAAACCCAAUGCGCAGUGCAGUGACAGGAACAGCCCGUGCUGUAAGGCCUGCGUGUUUGAGCAGGCGGGGAAGCGCUGCCAGGAGGCCAUCAGCGCCACCUGUAAGGGCGUGUCCAACUGCACAGGUGAAAGCAGCGAGUGCCCGCCCCCAGUGAAUGCCGAUAACGACAGCCAAUGCGUGGACAUGGGCAAGUGCCUCUCCGGGGACUGCAACCCCUUCUGCGAGGCGGUGCAAAACCUGCAGUCCUGCGCCUGCAACGAAACGGAGAACUCGUGUAAAGUGUGCUGCCGGGGGAAAGACGGAACCUGCUCUCCGUUUAUGGAGGCGGACGACAACUUCCUCUACCUGCGCAAGGGCAAGCCCUGCACUGUGGGGUACUGCGACGGGAGUGGAAAGUGCAUAAAGUCAGUGCAGGAUGCGAUCGAGAGGCUUUGGGAUUUCAUCGACAAGCUCGACAUAAACACAUUCGGGAAGUUCCUGGCUGACAACAUCGUGGGCUCCGUGGUCGUCUUCUCUCUCGUCUUCUGGAUCCCCCUCAGUAUUCUUGUUCACUGUGUGGACAAGCGUCUUGACCAGCAGUAUGAGCAGCAGCAGAGCAAGCCCUACCUCUUCCCUCCCAGUAGUCAAGAAAUGCAGAGCGGCCUAGAGGGGGGACACAUGCCCCUCAUCAAACAGCCGCCCUCCUUCUCCGGCGGCCCGACCGCGCCCUGCUUCCAGCCGGGUUCAGACCUGCCCCCGCAGUCCCUGACGGGCCCGGCGGGGGCCUCCCCAUCGGGCAGCAGUGUUACCCCGGGCCCAGGCCCGAGCUCCGGCCUCCCCGGGGGGACCAGGAUGGACACCAUCCAGGAGGACAGCAGCACCGAGUCUCACCCCGGAGAGGAGGGCCCCCCGGGGGACGGGCAGCCCACCGUCGCAGCCUGCUGGUCGGGUACGAAGUCCUCCUGCGAGGAUCCGAUCGCGCGGAGCCCGGGGGGGCGGGAGCGCCGGCCGCUCCACAGGCAGGCCUGCGUUGACACCAAGGAGACGGAGUGCUGAGCCGCGCCCCACGAGGGAACACACCCCCCCCCACAUGGAGGAACCUCCUGCAGAGGCAUUCGCUCUAAAUCUACACACACAUUGAUAAGCAUUUUAAAAUUUUAACACACGGGCACCAGAGAGCAGAGGUUCAGUCAUCUGCUCUCGUAGUCUCCGAUAGCAGAGCAGAGCUUCAGUAGGCUCUGCUCGCGUAGUCUCAGAAAGUCAGGGACUGCUGUUUAACAGAGAACUACUGAAUGAGUUUCAUGUUUGUUUUAUACUCGUAGAUAACUGUACUUUUCCUUUUUAAGUUACGCUUUAUGGUUAGUUGUUUAAGAGCCACUACUGAUCCGUGUGAAACGUCUGGGGCCCGAGUAUUACCAGUUUGAAAAUUAUGCCUGGUUUGUCUGCCAAUCUUGAAGAUGGUUGGUCAUGUGUGCUGUAUAAUAUGUUGUAUUUUUUGAUCUCCUCCAAAUGAACCCUGACCCCUGAUGAACAGUAUAGUGCCUUCUGUGGUUUUUAAGCCUUGAGUUCUGAUUUGUACAGAGAGCCUAACGAUGGGAGGCUUUGACGGAUCAAGAUUCCUCUGACCCAUGUCUAAUCACUCAAUCCCCUCAUUCUUAUUUCUAUGCACUUGUGUACCAUUUGAAGCCUUUACCAUCCACUGAUUCAUCAUGUUGUAAUGUCUGUAUUAUAGGUCAAGAACGGAGAGCUCUGUAUUGUAUCCACUGAAUGGAUGAUGUUGUGAAUUUAGUUUUUAUGUAAACAAUUUGUCCGCUGUUGGGCUUAGAAAUAUGCUUGCGGGAAACUGGCCUACGCUAUAGGCUAUGCUUGCAAAUAUGCUGUACAUGUGUCAAAUAAAUGAAAUAAAAAAAUCUUUAUUGUGCAUUUUAACAAAUCACAUUACGAUCAUA